UAUAGCUUGAAAAUAAGCUGUUAGUAUGUUAACUUCCCAAAGCUACCAUAAGUUGCAUUUAUUUUCAAUCUUUUCUGUUAUUCAAUUCAUCAUCUUCCCAACUGUACUUUGACAUCAAUAGCCCCUUUUAUCCCAAAAAGAAUUUCUUCUUUCUGUCAAAAAUUGUCACUUUUUUCCAUUGUAAAAUCUCCUGCUUUCUGCUAAAAGAUUUUCAUUUUUUUUGUCUUUUCACCUCAAUGUUUUUCUGCCACAAGAUUUAAAUGUUUCUGUUACUAGAUUCUUGCUAAAAAUUCUCUUCUUGUUCAUGCUUAAACGACCUCGUUUUUAUCCAUUAUGUUCUUGUUUUCUACUCAAUAAGUUCUCUUUUCUCUGUUGAGUUCUUGUUUUGUGCUAAAAAGAUCUGUGGGGUUCUCGAUUUCUGUCUAAAGAUUUCAUUUUUUUAUGCUAAGGUGUUGUUUUUGAGCUAAAAAGAUUCAAUUUUUUUCAGUGGGGUUCUCGUUUUCUGUUAAAAAUAUCAUUUUUUUUUAGGUUAAGUUGUUGUUUUGAGCUAGAAAGAUUCAUUUCUUUCUGUGGGGUUCUUGUUUUUGGUUCAUAAAUUUCAUUUUUCUUUUGUUAAGUUGUUGUUUUGAGCUAAAAAGAUUCAUUUUUUUGUUCUGUGGGUUCUUGUUAUCUGUUCAAAGAUUUCAUUUUUAUUUGUGUUGUUUGGAUUUAGUUCAAAAGAUUCUGUCUUUAUUGAUUAAUCCAUUAAUGGGGUGUUCAGCUUCUCGUUCCUAUGAUUUUGUUACAGCAGAUCCACAAAAUCCAUGGAAUUCUUCAUCUUCUUCACAUUCACAAUCUCCAUAUUCAUACUCAGAUUCAUCUUCAACUCCAGUUUCAAGAACCCUGUCUCUUCCAACUCCUUUGGUUCAUCAUCCUGCUAUGUGCAAAGGUGACACACAUCAUUUGGUUUCUCUUACCUCUACUACUUAUGGUUCCCUUGUGUUGAUUGACCCCCAAAUUCCUAACCCUAACCCUAACCCUAAUUUCCAUGGUGGAAAUUUCAAGAAUCCUACUACCCAAAUGACAAAAUCCCUAAAUGGGACGGAACCACAAGACCCGUUAUCUCCUGAUUCAGUAAUCAACACUUGGGAGCUCAUGGAAGGACUUGAUGAGUUUGAUUUCCAUAUGGUGCAGUCCAAGAUUGAGUCCCCUAGAAAGGUUAAGUCUAAGAGUCUUGAUAUCCAUAGUGAAUUGGACACAAGUGAGUUGGAAAAAACCUAUGAGUUUGUUGAGCACUCAGAUUCGAAGCCGCUGUGGAAGCAUUUGUCUGAGGAACAAUUGCUUGCUAAAAUGGAUCCUAAUGUAGCUUCAAGCUAUAGACAAGCAUUGUCCUCCAAAAGAUUUGUGUACAAAGAAUCAGAAGAUUGUCCAAAGCCCGAAAUUGUUAGUUCGAUAGAGUUAAAGUCGAGUAACACAAGUUUGUUGGCUGAAAAUGAUUUCCAUUUAAAGGGUAAGGAGGAUAAAAUACAGCCUGAAAUUGCUAAUACGAUAGAGUUAGAGUCAAGUAAUGCAAGUUUAUUGAGCUCAUUGUUACCCAAUAAUGAUGUCCAUUUAAAGGGUACAGAGGAUAAGAUUGUUCUGUAUUUUACUAGUUUAAGAGGAAUCAGGAAGACUUAUGAAGAAUGCUGCACAGUGCGAACGAUCUUUAGAGGUUUUCGGGUGUGUGUGGAUGAAAGAGAUGUAUCUAUGGAUUCAUCAUAUAGGAAAGAGUUGCAAAGCGCUUUGGAUGGAAAAGUGAUUAGCUUGCCUCAGGUUUUUAUUGGAGGAAAGUACAUUGGUGGUGCAGAAGAGAUUAAGCAACUUCAUGAGGCUGGAGAACUGGCUGAACUCGUGGAAGGCUUUGCAGUAAAGCAUUCUGGUUUUGUUUGUGGAAGCUGUGGCGAUGCAAGGUUCGUACCCUGCCCAAAUUGCAAUGGAAGUCGAAAAGUAUUUGAAGAGGAGGAAGGGAAGUUGAGGAGGUGCCCCAGUUGCAACGAAAAUGGACUGAUUCGAUGCACUAGCUGUUGCCCGUGAUUAUUGAUUCUCAUUUGCCAUACCAUUUAGCAACCUCAGGUGGUGGUGAAGUCCAAAAGAUUUGCAGAAACAAAUUCUACGGAUAAUGUUUUCCGGAAGAUGUUUCUGUGUUUUGUUUGGUAUAUUAAGAAAGUAAAUGCUUUUAUCCAUUGGUGCAACACCUCUUGCAAUGUAGGAAUUUCUAUUAAUUUGCUUGAUGAGUUCUCAGUAAAAUAACGACACGUGAGUCCUUUCCAUUUGCCUUAGCCUUGGCGGGGAUGAGUUAUUUGAUACAUGUGCUAGCGGGAUGUUCUAGCACGUACCUGGUCAAAUAGUCGAGGUGCACAUAGACCAGUCCAGACACCUCUUUUAUUAAAAAUGAACUUAUUUGAUGAGUUGCUUUGAAGCUUUCCCACAUUUUUGUGGGGUGUAUGUAAGCUGGUAGUAUAUAUCAGCAAGUUAGUGUUUUUUGAUAUAAAAACUUGAAGUUGGUCAGAAGUCAAUAGUAAAACUGAUUCAAGUAGAAGGCACUGUUGUGGUUGAAAGGCUCACAUCCUUUACUGACUUCUUAUGCUCUCCCUGGCAAAAAAACACUAGGUGCUUUCUUUUCAUCUGUGAAAAACUUCGACAUAUAUUGUGAUGGUGGGAGGUAGCAGGUACUCGUGAAAUUAAUUGAAGUACAACAAGCUGAAUAGAUAAACACACAUUCAAAUAUGGCCUCAAGCGGUAUAUAAGCACUUAAACGUUGAGAGUGCAUAUAUAGACACUUCAACUUGAUCUCCCCUAGCAACUAAACACUCCAACUCGUCCCUACUGUCUUGGUACACUCAAUACUGACAUGACGCAUGAAUUUGUCCAAACAGAGACGAGUUGAGGUGUCUAGAUGCUUGCGUAUUUGUUUAGUCUUAAAACUCAAAUUAUGAAUUGAGAACUGAGAAGAUGCUGAACAGUAGCUAUCACUCUGGACAAGGAAGAAAAAGAUGAAAAUGAGAGGUGCAUAAAGACAUCUUAGGGAUGGUGGCAAUACAUUGGAAAUCUAUUAUUAUGUCUGGUCCACAAGGCCAAAACCUCAUUAUUGUACCAGAAAUUAAUUGUUUGGCUAGCA